CGUUUUAAUAUCAUGCAACUACUUUGGAUUGGGACUGCAUAUUCUCCAACCAGAAAGCCAUGUAUGCUCUUUUUUUAAAUAUUGAUGAGUCUCCCAUGCAGAAUAUUCCUCCCAAUUAAUAACCAUUCUGAUUUUAGUAUGAAAUCCGAAAAAUCUAACUUCAAGUGAUUACAAAUCUUGAUGAUGACUGGUGACAGACUCUUAAUGACGUGAUUACGGGAACAAUCUUCUUGGGGACUCGGUUAUACAUGCAAGAAAUGAGUAAGGAGUCGAGCAAGGCACAAUCUACAGCACUUGUGUUGCUUAAUACCAGGGUUUUACGAAGCUACAAACCAGUAAAAGAUAUGGUUGAACCUAAUGCCAAGACCCCUUGGGGGAAUCAUUUUGCCUUCUUGCAUGUAUCCAUACCUCCAUUAACUGAUGCUUCAUCUUCAAAUCCACUGGAAUUUGUCUUUAGAGCACAACAGAUUAUUAAUGACAAGAAAAGCUCUUUAGCUGUUUACCUCACUGGUCAGCUUCUGGAGAUUUUGAAGAAAUUUAGAGGCCCAGAGGCAGUAGCUAAAUAUAUUCAUGGCACCUUAAAGAACUCGAGUAUGGGAAUCACAAACCUCAUCGGGCCAAAGGAAAAAAUGUCUUUGGCUAAUCAUCCUGUUAAAGGUCUCUACUUCACGGUGGUUGGUGCACCUCAGAGUAUUUGCAUAGCAAUAGUGAGUUAUAUGGGAGUGCUAAGGGUUGCUGUGGGAGCAGAAAAAGGCUUCAUUGAUGCCAAGAAGUUGAAGUCUUGCAUAGAGAAAGCAUUUCAGAUGAUGCUCGAAGUUGUAUGUCAAACAAUUGAUCAACAGUCAACAGAAUGAGGAAACGACCUAGUUAAAAGUGCUUUUAAAUAAGCUUAUACGCAAUUAUUUAAUCUAAGCUAAUUAUACGAUGAUUCAUGGAAUAAGUAUCAAUACU